AUGGCUAGUAACAAUGAACACAAACCAACCUUGAUCAUGAACCACACUUCGCCCAUCUACGAGUAUGAACGUGAUGAAGGAGAAGACUUGGAUGACUAUCAUCAAGACCAUGAUGCUUCUUCUUCUUCUUCUCCUUGCGGUGUUGGUGGUUGUUUUGGCCUCUUUGGGUUCACAUCAUGUACAUGGCGGCAAAACCACGACAACGAUUAUGAACGUAAAUACUUGCUGCAGCAAGAAGGUGGAUCGCACAAGGAGACGACAUGGUGGUGGAGGAAGAAAUUGAACAAGGCUAAGGAGUCUACUCGAGUAUUGGACGGCUCCAAGUGGAAGACCUUCAUCAGAAAGAUUGCGGGAUAUUGCAAGACUACGAAGCAAAAACAAAACAACAGAGAAGGAAAUGAUGCUGCUGUUGAUUUUGCAGCAAGGUUUGCCGCUCCUUUGUCCAAUGAGCAUGGUUCCAUAGGCAGGCCGGUUCAUAAAACCACCCUUGAAUCAGCUUCUAUAGAAUCUAAACGUUAG